AUGGCAGAGACGCUGAUGGGAAAGUAUGGGGAGGAGGCGAAGCUGAUCUAUGAGCUGCAGGACCAGGGAGGGGAGCUGCUGGCCCUGCGCUACGACCUGACCGUGCCUUUCGCUCGCUAUCUGGCGAUGAACAAGAUCACCAACAUGAAGCGCUACCAUGUCGCUAAGGUCUACAGGCGGGACAACCCGGCCACGACCAGGGGCCGCUACAGGGAGUUCUACCAGUGCGAUUUUGACAUCGCCGGCCAGUUCGACCCGAUGAUUCCCGAUGCCGAGUGCCUGAAGAUAGUGCACGAGAUCCUGAGUGACCUGCAGCUCGGGGACUUUCUCAUUAAGGUCAAUGACCGACGGAUUUUGAAUGGUGUGUUUGCCGUCUGCGGCAUCCCAGAGAGCAAGUUCAUAACUACAUGCUCUACCGUGGACAAGCUGGACAAGAUGCCGUGGGAAGAAGUGAGGAGCGAGAUGGUCGGAGAGAAGGGGCUCUCUCCUGAGGCUGCAGACCACAUCGGGGAGUAUGUCCAGCUUCACGGUGGCCUGGACCUGAUAGAGCGGCUUCUCCAGGACCCAAAGUUGUCCCAGAACAAGCUGGCCAAGGAGGGGCUGGGGGACAUGAAGCUGCUGUUUGAGUACCUGACCCUGUUUGGCAUCACAGGGAAGAUCUCUUUCGAUCUGAGCCUGGCGCGGGGUCUGGACUAUUACACGGGGGUGAUCUUUGAGGCUGUCCUGCUGCAGCAGGAGAACGACCACGUGGAGGAGUCAGUCAGCGUUGGGAGCGUGGCUGGAGGCGGUCGCUACGAUGGGCUGGUGGGGAUGUUUGACCCCAAGGGACGGAAGGUGCCCUGCGUGGGGGUCAGCAUUGGGAUUGAGCGGCUCUUCUCCAUCCUAGAGCAGAGAGUGAAGGCUUCUGGGGAGAAAGUUCGAACGACUGAGACACAAGUGCUGGUGGCUACACCUCAGAAACGCUUACUUGCUGCGAGGCUGAAGCUCAUCUCCGAGCUGUGGGACGCAGGCAUCAAGGCAGAGAUGCUGUACAAGAAGGAUCCUAAACUGCUGAAGCAGCUGCAGUAUUGCGAGGACAUGGGGAUCCCCCUUGCUGCCAUUAUAGGAGAGCAAGAGCUGACAGAUGGAGUCGUCAAGCUGCGAGAUGUCGCAACAAGAGAGGAGGUUGAUAUCCCAAGAGAAAAGCUUGUUGACGAGAUCAGAAGAAGGCUGGAGCCCUAG